GUGCUCCCGUAUGUCCAGCGCUGUCGGAGCCAUCCUCUCCAGUGCUGCCGGAGUCUCCCGCCUGUCCGGCGCUGCUUCUCCCACCUGUCCGGCGCUGCUGUCGGAGUCUCACGCCUGUCCGGCGCUGCUGAUGGAGUCUCACGCCUGUCCGGCGCUGCUGAUGGAGUCUCCCGCCUGUCCGGCGCUGGUGAUGGAGUCUCCCGCCUGUCCGGCGCAGCUGUCGGAGUCUCACGCCUGUCCGGCGCUGGUGAUGGAGUCUCCCGCCUGUCCGGCGCUGCUGUUGGAGUCUCCCGCCUGUCCGGUGCUGUCUCCCGCCUGUCCGGCGCUGCUGUCGGAGUCUCACGCCUGUCCGGCGCUGCUGAUGGAGUCUCACGCCUGUCCGGCGCUGCUGUCGGAGUCUCCCGCCUGUCCGGCGCUGCUGUCGGAGUCUCCCGCCU